AUGGGUGACGUUAACAGAGAGGGCCCAGACAGUACCAGCCAGUGGGCAUCAAACAGCGAGCAGAAUCAGACACCCAGUACCAGCCAGUGGGCAUCAAACAGCGAGCAGAAUCAGACACCCAGUACCAGCCAGUGGGCAUCAAACAGCGAGCAGAAUCAGACACCCAGUACCAGCCAGUGGGCAUCAAACAGCGAGCAGAAUCAGACACCCAGUACCAGCCAGUGGGCAUCAAACAGCGAGCAGAAUCAGACACCCAGUACCAGCCAGUGGGCAUCAAACAGCGAGCAGAAUCAGACACCCAGUACCAGCCAGUGGGCAUCAAACAGCGAGCAGAAUCAGACACCCAGUACCAGCCAGUGGGCAUCAAACAGCGAGCAGAAUCAGACACCCAGUACCAGCCAGUGGGCAUCAAACAGCGAGCAGGAUCAGACACCCAGUACCAGCCAGUGGGCAUCAAACAGCGAGCAGAAUCAGACACCCAGUACCAGCCAGUGGGCAUCAAACAGCGAGCAGAAUCAGACACCCAGUACCAGCCAGUGGGCAUCAAACAGCGAGCAGGAUCAGACACCCAGUACCAGCCAGUGGGCAUCAAACAGCGAGCAGAAUCAGACACCCAGUACCAGCCAGUGGGCAUCAAACAGCGAGCAGGAUCAGACACCCAGUACCAGCCAGUGGGCAUCAAACAGCGAGCAGAAUCAGACACCCAGUGCUGCCAGUGGACAACGCACCUCUUGUGGGAAGAGAGGAUUAAAAUUUCAGAUCAGAUUUCCUGCAUCAAAACUGGAAAGAGAGAAAAUAAGUCAGCUUUCAGUUGCAGAGAAGGAAUGGGGAAGAAUAGGUAGUAGAAGGGGAAUAUCUUUGUUAGGUGACACUUUGUCUAUGGAAGCUACCGACAGAGGUCAGAGUGGGAGUGGCAUGGACAAUUGACGUGGCAGCUGAAUGUCACUACUGUAGCAUAGAUGCUGCACAAAGAGAUUGCUUGACCUGUUUUCAGGUUCUCCAGUGUAGAAGAGGCAAUAUCAUGAACACUGAAUGGAGUAGAAUGGAUUGGAAAAUAUGGAAACAGAUCACUGCUUCACCUAAAUAGACUGAGUCCUCAGAAGUUGGGAAUGGAAGAGAUGAAAGGACAGGUAUUGAGUAUCCUGAGGAGAGGGCUGAGAGUGGGUAUCGGAAAUAGAUAAGAUGCCAUGAUAGAGGGGUCAGGAAGAAAUUACAGAGGAUUCUAUCGGCUCUCAGACACAUCCACUUAAUGCUGGCUGGACCACUACCCCACUAUCAAACAUAAGGCUAUUGUCUUCCGCCAUAUUUUUUAGGGAGAUCUUCCAUCCAUAGUUCACAACCCUGGAGUGCCCCUGCUCUGCACAGUUAACUUCUAGCUUUCGUUCAAGACUAUCCAGACUCACCCUUUGUUUCAGCCUCUUGUCCCACUGAAAUUAUUUCUUUCUACCCUGAUUCCAUUGUUUCUCCCUGGUCCAUAUUAAACGUAGGAUUCCCUUUUAUACUUUAGAGGUUUCCAAUUUAUUUGUCCUGACUCUUUCAUUUUCACCAUUCAUAUAAACCAGUUAUCCCAUUCACAUCAGGUGGGUCUGAGAGCUGAGGGCCCUCUGCUGGAGGCAGGCUCAGCUAGCAACUCCUAGUUAUUUGACUUUACUUCCCACCUCCCUGUUCCUAUAAGGACCCUACUGCCUCCUCCCAGUUCCUUUUGUCUUAGUCACAUUUGCUAUGACGCUGGGACUUCCUGCACAGGUGUUCCUAAAAUUCUUCCUUCUUCCUGAAUGGUGGCUUAAUAUCACUCUUGGUGGACUGAGGGCUUGACUGCAUUGCAGCUAUUUCUGAUCAUUGUUUCCUGAAGAGAGCAAGAACGAAGUUCCAAGGAUCCUCAUCUUUUACCCCCUCAACCUCUGCGUUCAGUGAGUCAACCUUAGCAGUGUUUGCCAGCUCCACAAAAUUCCACUACCAGGCACAUAUCCCACCCCACUUCUCUUUCAGCAUUAAAAAGGAAUUGCCCCCUUUUCAAUUCCCUGGCCUGCUUUUCCAUUGUCUCCUACCACUCCCCUUCUUAUGGUGCUUUCCCAUAAAGCUGUGGGAUUUGCAACAGGUGUCUUUUCACAUCUUCCCUCUAUCUGGGGACACAAAGUCUUCCCAAGAGAAGCAACAUUCACCUCUUCUACUGUAAAGUCUUUAGUAUUCACAAUACGAUCCCCUCUGCAUUGGAGAGGUCAGUUGCUGUGAGGAUGGUCACAUUGUGGAGCACCUACAAUUAGUCCACAGGAGCAACUAUGAGUUCUGGUUGCCUGCCACUUUAACUCACCAUUCCACUUCCACUUUCAGCUAUUUUCUAAGACCUCCUGCAUUAUUACAACACAGUCUAAUGCAAACUUGAGGGACAAUAUCUCAUCUUUUUACUGACACAUUAUGGAAUGCCUCAACUUUAAGGCAAUUUGCUGUUUCUUUUUAUCUUAUCAGAACUGGCAAUUUAUAAAUUUGGCUAAGGUUUUCCCUCUUGUAUAGCAAAUCUAUUGGGCAUGUCCCAUAGCCUAUUCAAUCUGCCUCUUUAAGUCAUUUGAUACCAAGGUAUUAGAGGUAUUUCAUUUAUUCUAUCCACCCCCUCCAUCUACUCCUCAGGCUCUUAGAAUGGAAUUUUAACUCUGUUUCUACUUCCACAGAUGCUUCCUGACCUUCUGCAUGGUUACUACUUUUGGUACUAUGUAAUUUAUGAUAUUUAGCUUAUCUGCUAUUUUUGACAAUCAGUUUUACUAUUCUGGGAUUCCUGAAACUGGUCAUUGAAACUCAGACAAGUAUGACAUGCAAUUCAUAGGAAUCAUAAACAUUUCAGGAUCAUAUACUGAAAUAAGUCAACUUUAUUAACUGAGAAAAUGUUUUGUUUGGAAUUUUUUUGAGAGGUGAAUUUGUGCUGGGAUCUUCAGUCUUAUGGAAAUACAUUAUAGGUACACCAUGCAACCCUCCAAGAGGACCACAACCUUGUGGUUUUGAGGCUUGUGUGCCUCAAUGACCCAGAGAGCUAUGUUGGUUGGAGUCAGGGCUUUAUGCUUUGGCUCUUGGUUGAAUCAUCAACAUUAUGUGUCGUGUCGUAUGACGUGGGCAAUCAUGGUCUAUGACCAUGACUGCUCUUAGCAAGUUUUUCUACAGAAGUGGGCAGUGUCCUUAUAAGACAGGUGACCCCAGCCAUCAUCAGUACUGUUCAGGAAGUGUCUACCUGUCAUCAGUAGUUGCAUAACCAGGAUUUGUGAUAAUCACCAACUGCUCAUAUGAUUAUCCACCACCUACUCCCAUGACUUCACAUGACCCUGAUCAGGGGCUAAGCAAGUGUUACAACUUGCCCAAGAGUGAUCUACAGGCUAGCAGAGGGAUUGAAUGAUUUACACCUCCUUUGGUAGAGACGUAUCUCCACCCCACCACCUAUGGAUGACCCUACUCUUGGCAGGGUCAUCCAUACUAAACAGGUCAAAGUGUAGAGGACAGACUAAGAGUGUUCCACAAAUCCUGCAGGUUUGGGGAUUCACCUCAUGGCUAACAACCCCGACUGAUAAAACAAAAUUGUUACUAACCAGCAAUGAAGAAUCCUUCUACAUCUGAAUGCGAUGAUAUUCCUGAUUCUCCACCUGGGACUUACAUGAUUGACAGUAGUGAAAACUGAGAGGAAGCUUCUGUCAUGAUGAAGGAGGACCUGAACAGUAUCAGAAAUGGAGGACCUUCAUUGUUGCCCUAAAUCCCUGCAGCAUAACAUCGUACAACACACCCCCUUUCAAACAUCCACCACUGUCUAUAAACUCGCAUAGCAAUUCAGCAUUGCUGCAUCUUAGGACCUGGGUCUCACCAUAGAACCCUUAAUUCUGGACUUUCUCCUGUUCUCCAUUCAGUGCCUGGAAAAAUAUACCCUAAUAAAGUUUUACAUAACAGACCCAUGUUUUCUUUGUCCCUUUGAAAUAUUGGAAAUAUCACCACAGUUUCUAUUGAAGUGAACAAAAUGGUGUCUGUGCAGGAGGAAACAGAUGUCAUGGAAUAGUUGAAUUAUUAGAAGUCAUAGAUUAGUCCAGUUAUCUAUUAUAAUCAAUCAUGGAUUAGGAAUGCUCAUGGACAGAGAUUAGACUGAGUUAUUUGGAUUGAAGAGUAUACGUUUGAAAGAAGCAUUGCAACUGGCAUUUAAAUGAUCAACUUCACCUAAAUACAUCACUCAUCUGCUGGGUUUGGGGGACUGACAAGAAGUCUAAAGCUUACUGUCAUGCCUAAUCAAAAUCACUGGCUGUGGGUCCAACAAAGUAAUGCAAAUGAAAAUUGAUGAUAUCAAUAUAUUACCUGAAAUGCCAAAUAUAAUUUGUGGCGUGAGUAAAGCAAAGGUAGACUGUGUCUGUCUCUGUGGAAAGAUGUAGUGAUGAUAAUACCCCUGAUGAUGCACCAAGGCCUAUCCUUCAGAGUUUAAAACUAUGUAUCUGAAGUUUAAGCUUAAAGGCAAGCUGAGUGGGUAGAUAGAUAGAAGGGCUUCUUGGAAGAGAUAAUUUAGAAAGUUGGUCCAAUAGCAGAAAAGAUUGAUUUUAAAGAUACCAAGAAAAUAUUAAUCAAUAUACAGCCAAGGACUGUGAUGAAAUUGCAUGGCAGGGAAUGAAAAUGUGAUAUUCCCAGAAGCAGAGCUGUGGUUUUAAGUUGGCAAUGUCAACAAAGCACGCACUUUUGUGAGAUAAAACAACUAUUGAGAUCAUUCUUCAGAAGCCAGAUGUUUUCG